UCUGCAUUUCACUUCUAGCCUAAAGGCAGUUACGCUGAAAAACCCAGAAGGCAUGGGACCAGCACGUCUGAAGAUGCUAAAACUUUUGCUUUUAUUUACCUUCACACAGAUAUGUGCUGCUCAAAAUGAGAUCACAUUGUCUGUUUAUACGGUCACCUCUAAAAGUAUGACAGUGCAGUGGACUCGACAAGCUGAUGCCAGCUCCUACAGGAUCACAGCAACACCCAAGAACUCUCCUGACUCCUCGGUCUUCACUCAUUUCAGUAGCAACACAAUGAUGGGCUCGGUCAACUCUCUUUCACCAAACACAGUGUACACUAUGCAGGUAGAGGCCCUGGACAAUGAUCUCAAAGUCCUCGGUAGUGGAGAGACAGAGGAGAUAACAGCUCCUGAGGUCCCAAGCAUUUUGCAGGCCUACUCUAAAACCAGCCAGAGCAUCACUGUGGAGUUCAAGGAGGUUCCCGGGGCCAACAGCUACAUCCUGAGGGCAGAGUCAUUAACUGGCGAUUACUUUGAUGAAAUGCCAGUGGACAAGUCACCAGGCACCGUGGAGGGUCUAGACUCCUACACAGUGUACAAGCUCAGCGUCCUGUCUGUCAACGUUGGGGGGAGGAGCCAGCCCUCAUACCCCAUUGAGGCGAGGACAGUGGUUGAGGCUCCAAUCUUGAACACCACCUCCCUCACCAAUAACACCAUCCAUGUGGGAUGGGAGCCUGUGGAGCAUGCUGUCCUCUACACACUCUGCAUUAUCGAAGAAGGCUCCAAUGUUCUCACUAAAAUAAACACCACUGACACUGAACACAUCUUUGAUGACCUUAAAGCAGGGACUAACUACUGUAUCACAGGCACAGCCUGGGACUCUGACAGCCUCGCUGGAGAUGGCCACAAUAUCUGCCAAGUUACACGUCCAGCAGACCCAGAACUAAUCGACGUCUUCGUAAUGCCAGGUCGUGUUGCUGAGAUGAGUGUGUUCUGGAUAGUAGUGUUUGGAGCUGAUUUCUACACAGUGGAGACGUCUAAUGGCCUUAUGUGCAACUCAUCAGUUAAUUUCUGUUAUAUCGUACCUGUGGACUGUGGCCUAAACCAGUCAGUCACUGUGACCGCUUACAAUAAAGCUGGACCCAGUAACCCUUCACCAUCAGCAUCAUUUAUCACAUGGCCAUGUCCUCCAAAUGACACCCGGGUGGAGGAGCCUGAGACUAGUAACUGUUCCGUGGUAUGGGGUGGGAUGCCACUGGCCGAGUACUACAUGGUUUACAUAAAGAGUGAUGAUGGUGUGGAGAAGGUGUGCAACACCACUGAAACCACAUGUCCAUUCUUCUGCAUGUGUGGCUUCACCUACAUCAGCUCAGUCUUCCCCUACAACAGCGCCGGUUCCAACCUUUAUUCACCUAUGGUCAGCUACACCACUGUCCCUUGUUGCCCACAGGGAAUUACCAUUAAGCUGGUUUCAACAGAGACCCUGGAGAUCACAUGGGACCCAGUGACAGGGGCAGACCUCUAUGAGACUACAGCAGCGGAGACUGGUGAUGUCAUCCACUGUAAUGAUACAGCGUCAGUGUGUGCACUGUCAGAUCUGAACUGCGACACAUCUUAUUCUGUUACAAUAACACCUUGCAACGACCUACGAGGAUGCAACACCACCUGCAAACCACACGUCCAGGACACAGCUCCGUGUGCCCCAGAAAUCCUCAGUAUUACACAGUUCAACAGCACCACAUACAAAGUCCAGUUCACUACCCCCAACAGAGGCAACACAGAUUAUAUCAUCACUGCCCGUGGAAGCCAAGACACACACACCUGCCGUGGAACAGACAGUCCCUGUGAACUCACACAGCUGCCAUGUGGUUCAAGCUACGAGGUGAUGGGGGUGGCAUCCUCGUCUAUUGGACAAAGUCUCCCCGGAUACAACAUGCCUUUGGAAACAGGUCCCUGUUGUCCUUUGUCUGUGAAUGUGACACAGGUUACUCAGGCCAUGUCUAACAUGUCCUGGACACCUGGAAAAGGAGCUCGCACCUUCAUAGCCAGCCUGGAAGCUCCCCGUGGGCAUGCCAGUUGCCACACUCAGGACACCCACUGCCUGGUGGGAUGUGUUACAUGUGGCACAAAGUACAGUGUCCACAUGGAAGCCAUCAGCAGCACGGGACACCAGUCAGAGUGCCAGUACUCUGGAUUCUCAACAAGCGCCUGCUGUCCAACAAACAUUAAGCUCCAACGUCAGAAAGACACAUCUAUCAAGGUCAUGUGGCGAACUCUGGGCUCCUCGAACAACAGCCAUGUUGUUGAACUCUAUGGGACAGGGGGAAACCUCACCUGUACUGCACCUGCUGGCACCAGAUUCUGUAACGUUACAGAGAACACCUGCGGGGACGUCUACACAGUGCAGGUGGCGCCGGUGGGGAACGACGGCGUCAAAGUCAGCUUCUGUCAAGCCAAAAUGUACUCAGUUCCCUGCAUAGGAAACAAUGUCAAUAUCUUGGUUAUUCAUGGAAACCGCACAGAAGGGUAAACAUCCCCCAUUACAAGCCGUACCAGCCCGGACAGAAGACUGUAUUUCCAUCAACAGCUGUGAAGAUCUAAUAUACCCAGAUGAAAUAUCACUCUCUUUAAACUAAAUGGGGAAGGUUUUUUUUUUUACAUUAAGUCUGAUGAGUUGGUUUCUGUGGAAAAAAAACAUGAGAAAAGCUAAAGAUUACAUGAGAAGAAAAUGAAAUGAUACUGUGGGCUGACUGAUGAUGAAAUAUUUUACAUUUUAUUGUUGUUUACACGUAUUGGCACAGGUUACUUUUUUACAUAUAUGUAUCAUUUACAGUUACAGCCCUUUAAAGAUUUGAUAUAUCCCCAGUAUUGAAUGAUAUUGGUUUCUGGUUAAAAUAUGGAAAAUAAUGUUUACAUUUUAAUAUGUUAUAUGUUGGAAUUUGCAUGUCUCUCUGUCUGAUAAUUCAAAUCAAUUAAUUAAAAAAAAGUCGGAACUUUACAUAAAACCCAGGAUAAAUCUAUUAUGGAUAUGAUCAUCUGAAGUCCAAAUGAUGAAAAAAAUCUGGCUGUCAUAGGAUCUCCCCAAGUAGAAAACCUCCAUAAGGCUGCCGUAGGUCAUUUCUCCAGGUUGUAAGACCGGUUGGUGACCAAAAAAAGGUCAGUUGCUGUUAAAGUGGGACAGCGGGUAUCCAUCUCAUUUGCCUGGAGUUAUGAGUGGUAGUCUUGUGGAUGAAGUGUCUGAUCAAAUUGCUAGAAACACAUUCAGUGUUGCCUCUGCUUUCAUUGGAUUUGUUUUCUUCCAGUUGACUGACGACAAAAAAUAAA